AGGAUUGGGCCAGGAGGUUGAUGCGAGUUUCGUGGAGGCGGUCAUGGCUUGUGGCUUCCGCAGGUCCAUCGCCUGUCAGCUUUCCAGAGUGUUAGAUCUUCCACCAGAAAACUUGAUCAAGGCAAUAUCUGCAGUUCCAAUUUCCAGAAAAGAAGAAGUAGCUGAUUUUCAGCUCUCUGUGGAUUCUCUAUUGGAAAACAACAAUGACCAUUCAAGACCAGAUAUUCAAGUUCAAGCCACAAGACUGGCAGAGAAGCUAAAAUGUGAUACAGUGGUGAGCGAAAUCAGCACUGGUCAAGGGACUGUAAAUUUCAAAAUUAACAGAGAACUAUUAACAAAGACAGUACUACAACAAGUAAUCAAUGAUGGCUCAAAAUAUGGAUUAAAAAGCGAGCUUUUCUCUGGUCUUCCCCAGAAGAAGAUCGUGGUUGAAUUCAGUUCACCCAACGUUGCCAAAAAAUUUCAUGUUGGACAUUUGCGUUCUACCAUCAUAGGAAAUUUUAUAGCAAAUCUCGAAGAAGCAUUAGGACAUCAAGUAACCAGAAUAAAUUACCUUGGAGAUUGGGGCAUGCAGUUUGGUCUUCUGGGAACUGGCUUCCAGCUGUUUGGCUAUGAAGAAAAACUUCAGUCCAAUCCUUUACAGCAUCUCUUUGAAGUUUAUGUACAAGUUAAUAAAGAAGCAGCAGAUGAUAAAAAUAUAGCAAAAUCUGCACAUGAGUUCUUCCAGCGAUUAGAACUGGGUGACACGCAAGCACUUGCACUGUGGCAGAAAUUUUGGGACCUCAGCGUAGAAGAAUACAUGCGGAUUUACAAGCGUCUAGGAGUACACUUUGAUGAAUACUCUGGAGAAUCAUUUUAUCGUGAAAAAUCUCAAGAAGUCUUGAAGUUGCUGGACAGUAAAGGACUCCUACAGAAAACAGUACGAGGAACAGCUAUAGUGGAUCUUUCUGGGAAUGGUGACCCCUCCUCAAUCUGUACCGUAAUGCGGAGUGAUGGGACUUCUCUCUACGCAACCAGAGAUCUUGCUGCUGCUAUAGAUCGAAUGGACAAGUACAAUUUUGAUGCAAUGAUUUAUGUGACAGAUAAAGGGCAAAAAAAGCAUUUUCAGCAAGUGUUCCAGAUGCUGCAGAUCAUGGGAUAUGACUGGGCAGAAAGGUGCCAGCACGUGCCCUUUGGAGUGGUACAGGGAAUGAAGACUCGAAGAGGAAAUGUUACUUUUCUGGAAGAUGUUCUAAAUGAGAUUCGAUCGAGGAUGCUCCAGAACAUGGCUUCUAUUAAGACCACCAGAGAACUGGAGAACCCACAGGAGACUGCAGAGAGGGUUGGACUCGCCGCACUCAUUAUUCAGGACUUCAGAGGUUUACUCUUAUCUGACUAUCAGUUCAGCUGGGAUCGUGUUUUCCAGAGUCGUGGGGACACAGGCGUCUUCUUGCAGUACACGCAUGCCCGCCUCCACAGUUUGGAAGAGACUUUUGGAUGUGGUUAUCUAAAUGAUUUCAACACUGCUUGUUUACAAGAGCCACAGUCUGUUUCCAUUCUCCAGCAUCUUCUCAGGUAUGAUUUUCUAGUCUUAUUGAGUCUGCACCUGCUUAGUGAAAUGACUGUUGAUGGUUUGCUGACCACUGACGUGAACAAGCCAGUAGCUAGCUCCUGGCCCCCUGCCACCAGUACCUGCCCUUUGAGGGAAGACAAAGGAGGACACCGUCAAGGUCAGUCCUUGGGACUUAAAAAUAUCACUGCUGAAUCACUGCAGGUGCCUGACAUCCUCUGGGUCAUGGAAUGAGAAUGGAAACCUGAUAAAAGCAUCAACUUUUAGUUUUGGGAAGGAUCAUCUUCUCCUCCCCCUCUUGGACAAGUGAAGGAAACCUCUGCCUGCGUGCGGCUUCCAUGAAACUGUUGAGUUCCUCAUCUGCCUCAUGGUUUCCGUUGACAGUCUCAAAUACAUACCUACUUGGUGCCCCGACACUGAGCAAGAGAUCACGCCUUUAAGCUCUUACAAGCAUUGUUGGUGAAGCUAGACUUGUCAGGAGAUACUAAUCUCUGGAAAGGAUGUGGGUAGUUAGCAAGGCACUUUUCUCUGAUCACCACACAGUGGUCAGUGGCUCCCUUCUGGGAUCAGAGGGGUCCGUUUUCUCACCUUUGACUGAUUUGUUAGAAAAUAAGCCAACCUGGUUUUCUGGCAUUGAAGGUAGACUCUGUUUUGCUAGUUUCUGUUUUGCUAGUUUCUAGAUUAUGUUCCUAACAUGGCUGUAAGCUUUAUAUGUUCAAUUUAAUAGCCUGAGUCAUUGAUCUAGGCUAGGCCCAAGAGAUAUCAAAAUGAUUUAGAAAGUACCUGCCAUCAAGGGAUUUGUAAGAAAGAUGUGCCUUUACCUUCAAACGCACACAAGGUCUUUUUUCAUGUACCUUCUACUCUUCUUUUAGAGAGAGCAAGAGCACGCAUGGGGCAGAGGGAGAGAGAGAGAAACUUAAACAGGCUCCAUGCUGGGCAUGGAACCUGAUACAGGGCACGGUCUCACCACCCGAAGAUCAUGACCUGAGCCGAAACCAAGAGUCAGAUGCUCAACCAACUGAGACACCCAGGCACCCCAUACCUUCUACUCUUACUGGUGUUUAGUCAACCUUACAUUGAAGAUCUUAACAUCUUAGCUUAGUAGUCUUAGUCUUCCCUUGCCCACUGCUCCUGUUGUGUUUCUUUUAGGUUCGACGAGGUGCUUUAUAGAUCAUCUCAGGACCUUCAACCCAGGCACAUUGUCAGUU